AUGGCCCUCUCAGCCAUAGUUUUGUGCCUUUGUCUGUGUCUCUUGGCCUCUGCCACCUCCUCAUCCUCAUGGAAGCAGAUCGACCCUGAGGUCAUGGCCCAGCAAGAGGCCGACCUCAUCACCACCCUCCCCGGCCAGACCCCGGCGAGCUUCUGUCACUACUUCGGCUACAUCUCGGUGAACAACGGCCUCGGGAAGGCUCUCUUCUACUGGUUCUUCGAGGCGACGAGCCAUGCUGCCGAGAAACCUAUCCUCUUGUGGCUCAAUGGAGGCCCAGGAUGCAGUUCAGUAGGGUUCGGCGAAGCCCGAGAACUCGGCCCGUUUCUUGUAAUAGAUGGGCUGGACAGCCCGACCCUAAGUUUCAACAACUAUUCUUGGAAAAAAGGAACUCUGACGUACGAUACAGCGGGCUAUGAUCCAUGCUUAAAGAACCACGCCACGGCUUACUUUAACCUUCCCAACGUGCAACAGGCAUUGCAUGCGAACGUGGCGCGAAUCCCUCGACCAUGGAGUCUUUGCAGCCUCGAGGUGAGAUAUUCUUGGAAGGACAUGCCUUUUUCAGUCCUCCCAGUGCUGGAGAAACUCAUCCGUGGGGGUAUUCGCUUGUGGGUCUUCAGUGCAGACACGGACGGGAGAGUCCCGGUCACGUCGACUCGGUACACGUUGAAGAAGCUCGGCCUCAACAUCACGGAGAACUGGACACCUUCGUACAAGGGUGAAGAGGUCGGAGGUUGGACAAUUAUGUACGAGGGGUUGACUUUCGUGACGGUGAGAGGAGCACGGCAUCAAGUUCCCACUUUUGCCGCCAAGCGCUCUCCUCAGCCGACUCGACGCUCCCCGGCCACGCCCUUUUGA